GACGUGUCGAUGCGGGCGCUGGCCUGAGACGCGGGACGCGGGGGAUGCGGGCGCUGAUCCUGGUUGGCGGCUUCGGGACGCGGCUGCGGCCGCUGACCCUGAGCCGGCCGAAGCCGCUGGUGGAGUUCUGCAACAAGGCGGUGCUGCUCCACCAGCUCGAAGCUCUCCGGCAGGUGGGGGCGCGGGGCGCGGGGGGCGCGGGGACCGCCCCGCCGCCGGCUGACCCGCGCUCCCGCAGGCGGGCGUCAGCCAUGUGGUGCUGGCGGUGAGCUACAUGUCGGACGCGCUGGAGGCCGCUAUGCGGGAGCAGGAACAACGGCUCGGCAUCCGCAUCUCCAUGUCCCACGAGAAGGAGCCGCUGGGCACAGCGGGACCGCUGGCGCUGGCGCGGGACGUGCUGGCCGAGGACGGGGAGCCCUUCUUUGUCCUCAACAGCGACGUGAUCUGCGAGUUCCCCUUCGCGGCGCUGGCCCGUUUCCACCGGCAGCACGGCGGCGAGGGCUCCCUGGUGGUGACCCGCGUGGAGGAGCCAGCCAAGUACGGUGUGGUGGUGUGCGAGGCCGACACCGGCCGCAUCUGCCGUUUCGUGGAGAAGCCGCGCGUCUUUGUGUCCAACAAGAUCAACGCUGGCCUCUACAUAUUUAACCCUGGCAUCUUGCAACGCAUCCAGCUGCGCCCCACCUCCAUUGAGAAGGAGAUCUUCCCCGCCAUGGCACAGGAUGGGCAGCUCUACGCCAUGGAGCUACAGGGCUUCUGGAUGGACAUUGGGCAGCCAAAGGAUUUCCUUACGGGCAUGUGCAUGUACCUGCAAGCGCUGCGGGCUCAGCACCCCGAGAAGCUACACUCGGGGCCCGGUGUCGUAGGGAAUGUGCUGGUGGACCCCAGUGCCAAGAUUGGAGCAAACUGUGUCAUCGGCCCCAACGUGACGAUCGGGGCCGGCGUGGUGGUGGAGGACGGGGUGCGCAUCAAACGCUGCACUGUGCUGGAAGGGGCCCGCAUCCGCUCCCAUUCCUGGCUGGAAUCCUGCAUUGUGGGCUGGAGCUGCUCUGUGGGGCAGUGGGUGCGCAUGGAGAACGUGACUGUGCUGGGCGAGGAUGUCAUCGUCAACGACGAGCUCUACCUCAACGGGGCCAAUGUGCUGCCACACAAAUCCAUCGCCGAGUCUGUGCCAGAGCCACGCAUCAUCAUGUAGCAGCCCCCAGCAGGCCCUGCGCUCCCAGCUCUCCUUGGAUUAAAUAUUUAUAUUUCCA